UCUUAAGGUCUUGUGUUGAUUGAAUUGACAGAUGAGAUCAUCUGUAUUAAACUCAAAAAUUAAUUCAUCAUUUAGUUCAAAUGGUACUUGUCUAUAAUAUCAAUUGAUGUUUUUUUUUUUCAUGAUAUUAUAGUUUGUCUAACAACUUGACUAUUUAAAUGAUCAAUAUGAGGAAAAAAUCAACUUCUGAAAUCACUGAUAAGUCCAACAGACCAAGUGUUUAUCAAAGAGGAAAUAACCAGACACCAGACAGUUCACCACAUUAUGUAUUUGUUUAUGAUGAUGAUGAUGAGGAUAAUAGUGAUGAAGAAACAAUAAUUCUUCAACUUCGUAGCCAGCCAAAGACUCAGCCAAGAAAAAUUGAAGUUAUAAAUGUGUCAUUAACAAGUGAUGAUACACUUCAGUCACUUUCAUUGAGAUAUCGUUGUACUAUAUCAGAAUUGAAAAGAAUCAAUAAUAUUCAUAGAGAAAAUGAAAUAUUUGCAAGACGUACAAUUAAAGUACCAGUUCAACCAUAUUCAUUUUUAACUGAAACAAAUGCUACAGAUUUAUUAGGUAUUGAUGAUAAAGCACCAGAAUUAUUAGAAAAAAAUGAUAAUCUAUCAAAUGAUCAAGAAAUAAUGAACAUGAAAGAUAAUCAAACAACAUUAUUUUCAAAACCAAAUGAUGAUAUUAAUAGUGUAAUAUUAAAUUCAAUUUGUGAACCAUUGACUGCUACAUUAUCAUGUCAUGAUGAUGUUGAAGAUGAUGCUAAUGAUGAAGAAGAUGAUCAGUUGCUAUUAUUAUCAUCAUCAACUGAUAGUAAUGUUACAAAUGACUUGUUAUUUUCUUGUUCUGGUGCUGAUUGGGGACUUUCUUGGCGACAAUUAAUUGUUGUAUCACUUCUUUUGAGCUUUGCUGGACCUGUUAUUUAUAUUUUAUAUAUUGCUGAAAAUUCACAAAGACAUAUUAAAACGUGAAAUAGAUUGUACUGCUAUUUAAUUGUUUAUAAGCAUAGGAAUUAAUUGAUAUUUUUUGAAACUCAUUUGUACUAUCUUGUAUUUUGUUUUGUUUUAGUUGAAGAUUUUAAUCAGUGCCUUUUUUAAAAGUACCUGAAAAUAAUUGUGAUUGACAGUUUAUACAACAUAAAAACAAUUGAGCUAAUAAUAUAUUUUUACA